UUGCUAAUAAGCAAAGCUGUAUCGCUAUCACAAACUGUUCGGGAAGAAUGAGGUUUUAGACAAGUAGAUUGCCCAUUAGCUUCAAGUUUCAACAGUCAGAAUCUACCAAUAUAAUAAAGGUGAUCUUUAACGGAGUCGCCCAAACGUUUCGUAUUCACUAAACAGCGCUUUGGCAGAUCGGUAGUGAUAUCGCGAAGUGGACUUUAUAUACAUACAUACAUACACACAUACAUAUGUACAAACAGCUAACACUCCCGUAUUUAUACAUGAAUGUAUGAAUAUACACUCAGACUCAGAUACAUGCAUUUACAUACAUAUAUAGCUGAAUAUUGAAUAGUUACCGCAUUCGUCAACAAUUGUAAUUUUUCCUGAUUUCUCAUAAUUAUGGCAAGCGUAGACGAUGGCCUAUACGAACAACAAUUACCUAACAUUCGAUCAACAAUUCUAAGUAGUAGUAAAAAACUAUGCCGCCCAUCUACACUGACAAGUAAAUUCCCAAUACUGCUUUGGCUGCGUACGUAUCAAGUGUCCUUUCUCUUUCGCGAUGCCAUUGCUGGCUUCACGGUGGGCCUCACUACUAUACCCCAAGCGAUUGCUUAUGGUGUGGUUGCUGGCCUGCAGCCUCAGUACGGGUUAUACGCGGCUUUCAUGGGCUGUUUCACCUAUAUCGUAUUUGGUUCUUGCAAGGACGUCACAAUUGCCACCACGGCGAUCAUGGCGCUAAUGGUACAUGACUACGCGAUUAUAACACCAGAUUACGCUGUUCUCAUUUCCUUCCUAACUGGUUGCACAAUCUUGGUGCUGGGCAUUCUUAACCUCGGUGUUCUUGUGCGAUUCAUUUCUAUGCCUGUCAUCACUGGCUUCACAAUGGCGGCAGCGUUCACAAUUGGCAGUGCCCAGAUUAACAACUUGUUUGGAAUGAAGAGUCCAUCAAAUCAGUUCAUUGCCUCGUGGAAUUAUUUUUUUACACACCUCACAAAUGUGCGCUUAAAUGACUCUUUGCUGGGUGUAGGCAGCCUUGUUUUUCUACUGCUAAUGAAGAAAGUUAAGGAUAUACCUUAUGGAAAUAAGAUAUUUUGGAAAUAUAUUUCGUUAUCUCGCAAUGCCUUGGUGGUAAUAUUUGGAACCUUAUUGGCAUAUCAAUUAAGCCGGGAUGGAUAUGAACCUUUCCGACUAACAGGAAAUAUUACAGCGGGACUGCCUCCUUUUCGUGCACCACCAUUUAGUACAAUUGUUGAUGGUGAGAAAGUAUAUUUCAAGGACAUGAUAAGCACAAUCGGUUCGUCUUUGGCGUCCAUACCGUUGGUAUCGAUUCUUGAAAUUGUGGCAAUUGCCAAAGCGUUCUCUAAAGGUAAAAUUGUUGAUGCGUCACAGGAAAUGAUUGCGCUUGGCAUGUGUAAUAUUAUGGGAAGUUUCGUAUCAGCUAUGCCGGUUACAGGAUCGUUUACGAGGACUGCAGUUAAUAAUGCCAGUGGAGUUAAAACACCCUUGGGCGGUGCAGUAACCGGUGCGAUGGUAUUGAUGGCGUUGGCAUUUCUCACUCAAACAUUCUAUUAUAUUCCGAAAGCAACGCUAGCCUCAGUCAUUAUUGCGGCCAUGAUAUCUCUUGUUGAACUUGAGAGGCUUGUCGAUAUUUGGAAAUCAAAAAGGAUGGAUCUCUUCCCAUUUGCUGUAACUUUUGUAACCUGUCUAUUCUGGAGCCUUGAAUAUGGAAUUAUUUGCGGUGUAAUAGUCAACAUUUCAUUUAUUCUUUACAGAAGCGCAAGACCGCAAACAUAUUUGGAGAAGAGAAAGGUAUACAACUUUGACAUAUGUUUUGUGGAGGUUAAACAGAGGCUGGAUUUCGCAUCAGCAGAAUAUCUGAAAGAACGGGUUGUGAAGUUUAUGAGCGGAAAUAGAUAUGACAUUAGUCUGAUUGUUAUAAAAGGAGAUGAGAUUAAUUCCAUUGACUACACUGUCGCUAUGAACAUAAUAUCCCUUAAAGAAGACCUUGAAAUGCUUAGUUGUGACCUCAUUUGUUGGCAAUGGAACAUUUGUGCUGCAGGAGUUGUUUGCAGAUUAAAUGGCGAUUUGUGCUGUUUAUUUAAGAACGAUCAGAGUAUUGAGGAGUUGGUGAAUAACUAUUAUCUAAAUCUCCAAAGAAAAAAUGAGGCAUCUAUUGAAUCUGUCUGCACUAACGGUACAUAAUUCGAUAUGUGGUUUUUUUGUCUCCAUAACAAAUGGCAUAUUAAAAAAAAAAAGUAUUAUAAAAAUAAACUACUAUCUUUAUGAAAUUGUUUGCACAUUAUUGUAAUUCAAAUGUUUAGCGUUAUCAAAUAAACAGACGAUUCUUUAUUUUUAUUUAUGUCGUAUUAUAGGCAUAUACAACACGUACAUACACCCGCAUGUUGGCAAGUUUAAUCAACGUAUCUCUUUUUUACUCAAUAAUACGUUCCACGGACGUAGAGACAUGUCUAAACCGACGUGCUUUGUCAUUAUAUGAAGUUUUAUGGAGUUUAUGUGGCUAUAUCUAUCUUGAUUAUUCAUUGUUGUUGUAUAUAAACGUUACCAGUACGAAGUUAAAAUGCGUGUUCGGGUUGUUGUGUUUUUGUAUUAAAAAAAUUUAAUAGUAGUUCCAAAUUUCAUAGUAUAACUGACUCAAUAAAACAUGCUUAUUGUAUCAGUAAA